AUGUUCAAGCAGCAGGUGCCAUAUGUCCCCAGCCCCUGGCACUGUGAGAGCCCAAAGAUCACAUACUGCUCACUCACACACAUCAUCACCCAGGGCUCACAGAUCACAGCCAGACAGAUGGAUCCUGAUAGCUGCUUGGACUGUGUUAGAGAUGACCUGCUGAAACUGAAUAGACUAUUUGAGAGAGCCCCGCUCAGGCUCUCUAUGCCAGCUCCCCUUUCCCUGCUAGUUAGCCCAUGCAGUAUGAAAAGUUUACACCCAUCCAGACUGGACCUGUGGCCCCCUGAGGCCUCAGGCUGUGAGGCAGGGCACAUGUCUCCUGUCCCCAACAUCGUGUUGACAGAGUGCUGUCCUGCUUCGCUCACAAACUCAGAGGAUUCUGUCAGAGAUUUAGGGAAUGACCUUGUGGAAGAGACUCAAUCACAAGAUUGGACUGGUCAUCAUUCAGUCGGCAAGACUAUAAUUUCAAGGGGAAAGCAUUCAGGGGGAUUUGAAAGUCCUCCACAACGAGAACAGUGUUCGGAUAGUGAAUUCGAACAGGAAGUUGCCCUGCUGGUGACAGAUCUGGACAUGAGAGUGGUGUCUCCUCUUGAGGUACAAGAGCUCAGUGAGACUAAAGGAGAUGUUCUUCACACUCUAAUCAUCUCACCGCAGACUAAGGAACUGUCUGAAACUCAGCUGAGUCACCGGCCUCUGCUAGUGCUCUUCAAGGUACAAAAAACUGUCAAAGAGGCCUACGAACUGCUGUAUUCCCUUGUGGCGUCAUUCGAAUUAAAAUUCUCCCAUGCCCCAGACCAGCAGAUGUCUCUAGCUGAGGCUCUCAGAAGUGGCAUAGAGACAGGGGCUAGCAUGCUGACAUUUCACCACAAACCUGAAAUUAGAUUAAUACCUGAGAUACAGCUGAGCUCAGUAAGCAGUACUCUUAACUCUAAUGAGUCAACUAGGUCUGCGGACACUCAGAGGAGAAUGACAGAAGAUGUCCGACGCACCACCUACAAGAGGCUGGACAGCUUGGAGGAGACUAUUCGAGAGCUGGAAAACACAUUGAUAGAGAUCAGUGGUCAUGCUACUAGAGAGCAGCUCUACAGUCAGACAAUCAUCAACAGUAGCCCCGUACCGACGGCUGGUAGUCAAACUUCUGAGGCAAAGAAGCCACCACUCCCACCCAAGCCGUCUGCCUCGAGUCCAUCAUCAAUCCAGGUUUAUUGCUUACACCUCCUGUGUCCAUUCCUGCUCUGAAGCAGCAUCCUCUUUUUUCUUCACCUCUUCUCUGUGGAUGGCUGUUGGAAAUUCACUUUCCAGCUUCUGAUGUCUGCUCCCUGAUUAAAUCGGCAUGCGACUGUAUUUGAAAUCGAAACCGUGCAGAGGGGACAGACAGCAGACUUCCUACCUACUUGUCUGUUCUGUGAUUAGUGCUGGGGCUGCUCUCCUGCUGAGCUCAGAGUUGUUAAUUGUUUUUUAUUGAUCUGUCCUGGUAUCUCCUAUCUGUC